CUCUCUCUCUGUGAAAAUUUUGAGAGAUUUGAUAAUUUAUAAAUUUGAUAACAGAAUUAGAUGGAGCCCAAUUACACCACAGAGUCGCCAAUAAGAUCAUCUCUAGAUUCCACAGCUCAGACAGGACAUGCAAAUGGGGCUGAUUGGCAAGAAGAGACCUAUCAAAAGAUCAAAUCCAUGAAGGACUUGUACUUGCCUGUAAUAAAUGAAAUGCACCAGAAAAUUGUUGCUAAAUUGCAGCAGCAUGAUUCUCUUCCACAACAAUCAAAGUCAGAUCAGCUUGAGAAGUUGAAAGUAUUUAAGACUAUGUUGGAGCGUAUUAUAACAUUCUUACAGGUUUCCAAAAGUAAUAUACCACCUGGUUACAAGGACAAUUUGGGGUCAUAUGAGGAGCAGAUAGCAAAUUUUAUAAACACAAACCGGCCUAAGAAGCCUGCACUGCAGCAAGGACAGUUUCCUGCGCCUCAUAUGCAAUCCAUGCAACAGCCACAAUCUCAACUUGCUCAAAUGCAGUCUCAGACAGGACAUGCAAAUGGGGCUGAUUGGCAAGAGGAGAUCUAUCAUAGGAUCAAAUCCAUGAAGGACUUGUACUUUCCUGAAAUAAAUGAAAUGCACCAGAAAAUUGUUGCUAAAUUGCAGCAGCAUGAUUCUCUUCCACAACAAUCAAAGUCAGAUCAGCUUCAGAAGAUGAAAGUAUUUAAGACUAUGUUGGAGCGUAUUAUAACAUUCUUACAGGUUUCCAAAAGUAAUAUACCACCUGGUUUCAAGGACAAGUUGGGGUCAUAUGAGGUGCAGAUAGUAAAUUUUAUAAACACAAAUCGGCCUAAGAAGCCUGCACUGCAGCAAGGACAGCUUCCUGCGCCUCAUAUGCAAUCCGUGCUGUCUCAUGAAAAUCAAAUCAACCUUCAGUUUCAAUCAAUGAACUUACAGGAUAAUUCAAUGUCAGAUUGAAUUUGUCUCAAUGCUCAUAAACUGGCAGGGUAAUAGGAUACUUAUAUACUCAUGUCUAGUCUCACUCUAUGUAAAUAUCUAUUGCUAGUCUGACAAUCAUAGUCUUCUUAUUUUGGUUAUUAUGUACAAUUUUUGUAGGCAUCGUUUUUUAUUAAGGAACGGUUAUUUGAACU